AUGCGAUGUCCAAUUGGCUGUUGACUUGGUCACGUCCCCGAGCCACGUCGCGCAUUACUCGCCAUUUUCACCUCAAUCUUGGCGAGAUACAAUCACUUUAUCCUCGUGGAAGAGGAAAAAAGCGAUCUGGCCACACAUAUUUCGUUAGUGAAGACUAUUUUGGAUCAUCGCGGAGUCUUUGUUCCUGUCCCAUCUGCUGGAGCUAUCUGAAACAUGAACAUCUUCAGGCUAACCGGCGAUCUGUCUCACCUAGCAGCCAUCAUCAUCUUGCUGCUAAAAAUCUGGAAAACCCGGUCUUGUGCCGGAAUUUCCGGAAAGAGUCAGAUCCUGUUUGCCUUGGUCUUCACCACUCGCUACUUGGACCUGCUCACAUCCUUCAUUUCCGUCUACAACACAACCAUGAAGAUGAUCUAUAUCGGAUGUGCAUAUGCCACCCUGUACCUGAUCUACAUGAAGUUCAAAGCGACGUAUGAUGGAAACCACGACACGUUCCGAGUGGAGUUUCUCGUCGUUCCUAUCAGUGGCCUCGCGUUUCUCGUUAAUCACGACUUCUCUCCGCUGGAGAUUUUGUGGACUUUCUCCAUUUAUUUGGAGUCGGUGGCCAUCCUGCCGCAGCUCUUUAUGAUCAGCAAGACGGGCGAGGCUGAGACCAUCACCACACACUACUUGUUCUUCUUGGGCCUCUACAGAGCCCUAUACCUCAUCAACUGGAUAUGGAGGUUCUACUUUGAGGGAUUCUUCGACAUGAUCGCCAUUGUUGCAGGGGUGGUGCAAACCAUCCUCUACUGCGAUUUCUUCUACUUGUACGUCACGAAAGUGCUCAAAGGAAAGAAGCUAAGUUUGCCUGCUUAAGUGCCAAAAAGGAGCAUAUUGGUAGACUGAAGGAGGGGGACAGGCCGGGCGGAGGAGACUCAGCGGACACCUCAAAGCCCCCUCUCCACAUCCACCACCACUCCCUCCUCUUCCCCUUCAGCCACAGUAAGAUGCUUGAGACAGAGCAAGGAGGAGCGGCUGUCUGCACCGUCUCCUGACCCAGCAUCAGAAUGUCUGCAGAAGCUCGCCCGAGGAUAUUUUUUUUUUCUGUCUGAUGCAUCUUGCAUUAACUUUUUUUUUUGUAUGACUUUGUAUAAAGGACAACAAAGUGGUGAAUAUUUUCUAUGUGAAAAGGAAAAGUUAUCGAAAAAUGUUUGGAAAUGUUGCAUUUACAAUUCAUUUGGCCUUGUAUAAUAUUCAAACUCUUAUAAGUGGGAUAUUAUUCCGUUUGGGUUGGUAUGUAUGUUCUAAAUAAAUGCACACUGCUUUUCUUUCACUUCUAUUUUGAGAGGAAGACAUUGCAGCCUCCAAAGUCGGUGAGAAAAUCUAAACUUUCAGUUUCAGCAGUAAAGACACUUUUUAAAUGCGAUUUCUACAUUCACAGUAAAAAAAAAGGUAAAACAGCAUGAUUGGGGAUUUAGGACUGUAGUAUUGUUGAAGUGCUUACACAGUUGAUCAGUAUCUGCUAUUAAACCAUGUUGAAUAGAUUGCUUAAUAAAUAUAUUCAACACAGUA